GGAGCUGCUCUCAGCCAAUCAGACUCGCGGAAUACGCUCCGACAACAAACAAAAGAUCGAGCCUAGCCGAGCUUAUUAUACUUUAGUCGAUCCGCCUGGACUAACGCUUUUGUUACUUUGCUAUCCACCCGGACCUGUUCGUCUGUGUCUCAGCCGCUCUCAUCAGAUCCUCUCCUGCAGAUAUUGUUCCCUGUAGUGUCUAUGUUGUGGCUUUGUGUCAGCUAAUGUCAACCUGAGCCAUUUCAGCGAUCAGUUCGGCUAAACACGUUAGCCAGGUUAGCUUCUAGGCUAACCAGCUCUGGCUGCCUCAAUACGAAUCAGCGAAGCCAGUUAGCUUAGCCUCCUAGCUAGCUAGCUUUGCUAACCCCCCUUUAAACUCGACACUGACCGACUCCAGCAGUUCUGGCUUGUUACUGACAAGCCACUUCACUAAAAGCCGUGUGGUAGCCAUGUCUGGACAGUCGACGGGCUGUGGGUUUCUGAUGUCGGUCGUUGUUCACGGAGACUCGGCUCUGAACGAGCAGGAAAAAGAACUAAACCAGCGACUUCGACGGCUCUAUCCGGCCGUUAACGAAAACGAGACCCCGCUUCCACGCUCCUGGAGCCCGAAGGACAAGUUUAGCUACAUCGGACUGUCUCAGAACAACCUCCGUGUUCACUAUAAAGGUCAUGGGAAGACCCCUAAGGAUGCUGCGUCUGUGCGGGCCACCCACCCCAUCCCCGCCGCCUGCGGCGUCUACUACUUUGAGGUGAAGAUCAUCAGUAAAGGCCGAGAUGGCUACAUGGGGAUCGGCCUCUCAGCUCAGGGUGUAAAUAUGAACAGACUCCCUGGUUGGGACAAACACUCUUAUGGUUACCACGGUGACGACGGCCACUCCUUCUGCUCAUCCGGCACCGGGCAGCCCUACGGCCCCACGUUUACAACGGGCGACGUGAUUGGCUGCUGCGUUAACCUCAUCAACAACACCUGCUUCUACACAAAGAACGGCCACAGCCUAGGUAUCGCCUUCACAGACUUGCCACCAAACCUGUACCCGACCGUCGGCCUGCAGACGCCAGGCGAGGUGGUGGACGCAAACUUCGGCCAGCACCCGUUUGUUUUUGACAUCGAGGACUACAUGCGAGAGUGGAGGACGAAGAUCCAGGCCCAGAUCGACAGAUGCCCCAUCGGAGAGCGGGAGGGCGAGUGGCAGUCCAUGAUCCAGAAGAUGGUGGCUUCGUACCUGGUGCACCACAGCUACUGCGCCACCGCCGAAGCCUUCGCCAAGUCCACCGACCAGGCCGUGCACGAGGAGCUCGCCUCCAUCAAAAACAGACAGAAGAUCCAGAAGUUGGUUUUGUCGGGUCGGAUGGGCGAAGCCAUCGAGACCACCCAGCAGCUGUACCCCAACCUCCUGGAGAGGAACCCAGACCUGCUCUUUAUGCUCAAGGUGAGGCAGUUCAUAGAGAUGGUGAACGGGACGGACAGCGAGGUCCGGUGUCUGGGAGGACGCAGCCCCAAGUCUCAGGACAGUUACCCCGGCUCCCCCCGGCCCUUCAGCAGCCCCAGCCACAAAGCCAGCAGCUCCCAGCCCUACCUCACAGGGUUUGACAGCAACUGCUGUAACGGCGUGACGUCCAGUAAGAGCCACAGCUCCUCCCCCCACAGUCACAAGCCCUGCCCCCCCAGCUCUGGCUCCGCCCUCCAGGCCUCUGACGUCAGCCUGAACGGCAGCCGCAGCCAGCAGCCCAUCACCAGUAACGAUGUGGACAUGGAGGUCGACCACUUCACCAACGGCGUGACCGAGUCCUCCUCCAACGGCUUCCUGAACGGAACCUCCAAACACGCCACGGAGCCCGACGAUUGUGACGCAGACAUGGAGGUGGAGUCGGCCCAGUCCAAGAGGCAGCUGUGUGGCGGGAGCCAGGCGGCCAUCGAGAGGAUGAUCCACUUCGGCAGGGAGCUGCAGAGCAUGAGCGAACACCUCCGCCGGGAAUGUGGCAAGAACUCCGCCAACAAGAAGAUGCUGAAGGAUGCGUUCAGCCUGCUGGCGUACUCCGACCCCUGGAGCAGCCCGGUGGGCUACCAGCUGGACGCCGUGCAGAGGGAGCCGGUCUGCUCCACUCUCAACAGUGCAAUACUAGAGACUCACAACCUCCCGAAGCAGCCCCCCCUGGCUCAGGCCGUGGGCCAGGCCGCCCAGUGCCUCGCCAUCAUGGCACGAACUGGCAUCGGCUCCUGCGCCUUCGCCUCUGUGGACGAUUACCUGCACUAGCCACAUGUACACACACACACGUGCGCACACACACACACACACACACACGUUCUGAAGGCUCAUCCAGAAAGCUUCCUCCCCUCGCUGCUUUAGAACCCGGCGGGGUCAGAGGUCGUUUCUGGAUGCACCUUCAGAGAUCGCCACAUUAAAACGAACCGACCACCUCCAUCGUCGUAAAUAAUAACCUUCACCCGGGUCUCUCAGAGGCGGCCAUGUUUGCAUCCUCCUGACAGGGAGGGGAAGUGGGGGGUUGGCUUUCAAAAUAAAAUACUCUGAGAGGCGAACUUGUGACUCGAAGCCUAAACACAAAAAAACCUGGAUCAAACUUUAAAAAAAGAAAAAAAGGUUCCCAGCGAGCGCUGCGGAGCGCUCCGCCGCAGCCAAUCGCAGCCCCCCGCCCUCCCUGCUCCCCCCGCCCUCCACUCACCCGGGACGCGGCGCUUUGGACUCGGGACUUCGAGGAAGCUGGAGAGAAUCUGCAAGUCUCGACUUUCUCGUUUUUAAUCUUCUGUUUAGUUUUUUGUUUUUCUUUUGAGCAGUUUGUGGGUAGGGGGCGCUGUGGAGGGGGUCACCUGCCGCCUCUUGUUUUGGUUUUAGUUUGUUUGUUUUCCCAGGUUUACAAGGCAUGGUGCAGACCAUAAUGAUGAUUAUUAUUAUUCUAAUUAUCAUUAUAAUUAUUGUUACUUGCAUUCACAGUAUAUUUGUUGGGCACCAGCCAGAGCGACUUCCACCGACUUAUUAUAAUAAAGGUCCCGAUUCCACCGACUCCCCAGUGACCAGCGUGUGUACAUGUAAACGUUUCUAUAUUACAAAGUGGAAAUAUAUCAAUAGAGCGACAUAUUUAGUUACCAAAAUAAUAAAAAGAGAGAGAGAGAGAGAGAGAAGCCUUUAGUACUUUUCCUGACACCAGCAGACCCCUGAAGCAGGCUGGUUGUGUCCAGUGUUUUCUGUUCGACUCCAGGGUUUCUGAGCAGGCAGUACAGGGACGACUGCAUCAGGCCCAGAGCUGUUUAAAGCCAACGUUUGUUUAUUUUUCUGCUUUCUGACCCACAAGAACUCAGGAGCCACAGUGACGUUUAGUUUCUCCUCCAACCAAUCGGCUGAUGUCUGGAUCAGAACCCGGUUUGGAUCAGAACCACAGACCUGAGGCCUGUACUCCCAGGCAGGAUUACUGUCUAACGGACUUUAGGAAGGAGAACGCUUCCACCUUGACUGUUUGAAAAAUAUGCAAAACUGUAGAGAAAACAAAAAAAAAAAAGAAAAAUUAAACCUUAAAUGAAAAUAAAAGUUAAUUUAAUCUGAUUUUACAAGUUCAAAAUGUGGUUAAAAGAAAUUAUUUUAAAAAUCCCACUGGGUCUCCAGCCUGUUGUUCUUAAUCUCUUAAAUUAUUAGGAGGAUCUGAAAGUUACCAAAAUAAUCUAAACAAUUAAAAAUGUAAAAAUUACAGAUUUUGGUCCCAAACUAACCUGAGUAUUUUCCAACUGCCUAAAAUAAAAACUGAUCAAAUUCAACAUGAAUGGCCACAACGUGCAGUAAUGUAACAAAAUUUGACUUCAAAAUCUAAUUAAACAUCUUUAAACCACAUUAUGCAAUUAAUUAAUGCAGAAUGGGAUAAAAUCAGCUCUUUGUAAUAAUAUGGUGCAUUUUUUAAUAAACCACAAACCAGAGUUUGUGUUCAUCCUUAUUAUUAUAUUUCUAAUAACAAUCAAGUUGUUUAAAUUUAAACUUUGAACUAAAAUGUCUGAACUUUUCGUUCAGUUUUCAGACUCGUAGCCAAAACACUUCAUGUCAAAUUUAAUAUGUUGUUAAAAUGAGAAACGUUUUCGUUUUAAAUGAGUUUUUCAUCUUGUGACGAUCCUGAAUUUAUUAAUUAUUUCCAACUUCUGAUAGUUUGAUGCUCCUGUACCGUCACUGUCCUCUGCAGGACCAAGACUAGUUACUUACAUGAUGAUAAAUUAACUAGAGGCUGAGAGACGUGAACAGAUUAAUUUAGUUUUAUUUUACUGAAGGUGCAUCUCAACAUAAAUCAACGUUUAAAUUGAAUAUAUCACGUUCAUGUUCAUUCUGAAUAUUUAACAAAAUCAUAGGAAUAAAAACAAUGAAAAUGUAAAGUUUGAAUUAAUCCGGCUCCAAAGUACAGAGCUCAGGUCUGGAAGUUGAAGCAAAUCCAAAGGAAAUUCAUGAUAUUUUAUGUUUGAGGCUCUAAAACUGCAGAUUAAAGAAUGUGAUCAUAAACAUCUGGAUUCAUCAGCUGCCGGUCCACCACAGCGUAGAUCUAGAUGAGCCUUCAUAUAGAAGCAGCAGCUCCAGAAACAUGAAACCAUCUCUUCUUUGAAUCAUCCAGUUUCUGACAGCAGUGGUGAGAUAUAACUGACUGGAAAGCACGGUGGUGGCAGUAUCAUGUUCUGAAAACGACCUUUUCUAAAACCUGACGUGUCGCCUGAGCGCUCAGCGACUUUAAACCAAUCAGUUCUGGAGGGAAGCGGCUCCGCUGUGUUUUAAUCCGUCUGGUUCCCAGAACUCAUCCAGGUGGAACUAAUCUGUUCUGUUUCAUCUUCUGUUUUCCUCAUUUUUUAUCCUUAUUUUUGCAGCUCACAAGCAGUCAAAAAAAAAAAAAAAGAAAUCUUUAGACGAAGUGUCUGUUGUCUCUUUCUGAGUAAGGUCUGAACCUAUGCAUGCCAUAGUAAAGUGGUGGUAAGAUCCAGCUAAUGUCUCCUUUCUUUCGGUUCUCCUCCUUCUAGCCAGGAAGAUGUCAACCAGUAAGUUGUCCACUGCUGACUGUGUGUCCAUUUGGAGAUGAUUAAAAAAUGUGCAAUUUGUGUGAGGGUGAAAAGAUUUAUAUUAAAAACAAACCAUGAUGAUGA